AUGGAAGAGCAACAACCAUCCGGGCCACACCAGGCCCUGUCAAACUUUGCUUCCAGUCUACACACGAAAUUAUUCAUAGCGGGUCCUCUAACUAACCCUCUUCUUUCUCCCAAUGACAUCCUCUAUCUGGAUGAGCAGCUCAACAUAAACCCGUUUACCACCCAACCAGAAUCAGGUAACGACCAGCUGGAUGUGGUUGGCACAUCGCUGUGGAAUGACUGCAACGAGCUGAUUGUGUCGCGUGGUCAUAAUCGGGACGAUGUGCUUUUGCUCAGCAAAGUGAAGGCCUUCGCGUUUGCCUUGUUGAAUAUGGCUGUGUUGCCUGACAUCCUAGGGAGUCUCAGAUCUCUCAGUCUGGCCCUCAAGGCGGCCCUCCGUUGCAUUAUGAACGAGCAACGCGAUAUUGCGCUGAAUAUCUUGCGAGUUGCAGCUAUGAGACUGGAAGGUUUCCACUCUUCUGAACUUGAGGCUGGGCUUGAUCCUGGUCUUAAGCGCGCUCUAACCACCCAAUACAACUUGCUUCGUGCUCGACUGAGCUGGCUACAGCACCGACCCGAUAUCUCCGAGUAUUUCUUUGCCAAAAUUCCAGUGCCUGAAUUGGCGGAAAAUGGAGAGUUUAUUUUCGAAAAUUGUUUUAUCAUUGGCGACUCUGCACUCAUGCAGGUCCAGGGUGAUGUCGCAGUCAAAUGGCUGCAAAGAGCGAGUGAUUACUUGGAGGCCUUGUACCACAAGACUCACUUCCAAUAUCAAAAUUACCAUAACUGGAACCUAGUUAUCCGGCAUUCCAUUGCUGUGGCUUGUGUUCAAACAAGAAGCUCCGAGUUCAACGCCACGUACGAUAUUGAAAUGAUCAACUUAAGACAUGCUUACCCAGGGCACCCUGCUGUGGUCCUUCUUGAUCUCUUCAUGGACCACAACCCUCCCAAAGACGGACGACUUCAAGCUCUGUCGAGUGUGGUAGACAAAAUGACCCUCACAGCUAUGAACAUGCCGAUAAUUUUCCAAUACGCCCGUUCUCUGGGGAACGCAAGUGGUCCGGAGAACAGCAUGGAAGCACUUCGAUUGUUGCUCAUAAGCCCUCUGCCAGCGGGAGAGUGGACCGAAAAAUGCCUCGUUGCUUUUACGCUACUGCUGAGCAGAUCGUGUAUCUGGAAAAUGACUGGCGAGGCAAUUCUCAAGAAAGACUACCGGUCUGCACAUCUGUGGCUUCAGCUCUGCAGUGAUUCGAAGAUAUUCCAGAACUGCAGCCAAUAUGUCCAAGUUGCGAUUCAUAAGAGGCUGCUAGCAUUUUAUCUACAUACUGAAGACCUUAACCCUGCUCGACAGCUAAUGGACCGGGGUCUAGUCCAAAGCCAGGUGGAUUGUGGAAGGAUGUACUUGUCCUAUAAAUUGACCUUGCUGGAGGGGAAAGACGGCGCUGGGCAUUUCUUUCUCGGCUUUCCACUGCACCCCGUGCCACACAAGCAAAUUAGUCUCCUAUCAUGCGCAAUGGAAGCUCAGAGACAAAGGAAACAAAAAGAAGUACUGAACUGCCUUGAACAAUUCAUCAGUUGUUUGACUUCAGACGACAUCUAUCAUGAUGACUUUUCCGCCGCUGAACAUCACAUGUUCGCAAUUAUUAUUCUUCUCAAAGAGGUCUCCAGAGGCUUUAGCCAGAGACUUGGCAACUGUAUCCAGACUGUACUCCAGAGUGCACUGUCUUAUGCGAAGAAGAACAGCACGUUCGAAGGUGGUGACAAGCAGGUCUCAGCCACUCAACUGCAAUGGUUUUAUUCUGCGACUUACAAACUUGCUUUGGGACUAAUGCGUUCUCCCGGGGUCUCGUUGACUGUUCCUGUCUUGAAUUUCUCCAAAGACUUCGCGCUUCAAUAUCGUGAGAUUGCAUACCCUAAGAUGGGUUCCGGAGCACCGAGACCACACUUAUUUGCGGUUUACUACCUCCUUAUUCUUGCUACAACCUUCAAGGCCCGCCGUGCAACCGAUCAGACUGAAAAGAUGGUCCUGUACGAGAACGUACGCGCCUAUGCUCAGGAACUUAAUAGCUUGCAUGGCUGGUGCGACGGCGAAGAACAGUUAGAUGACCACACGAAUAAGAAAGAAGACAUGCACCAUGAAAUUGCGCAAUUCUUUGAUCUUGAGGCUGCCAUGUGUCUCCGAAACUGGGAGGAUGUCGCCAGAAUUUGUGCAUCCGACGACGAAUUCCCCAAAUCGAAGUUUCAUACACAAAUCAUGGAUAUGACUUUCUAUUUUGACCUACCACCCAGAUUAGCGAUCGAGGUCAUCAAGCGCAUCAUGGCAAAACUCAGCGAGCAACCGAUCGAUCCCCCUACCACAUGGCGACGUGAUUUCCGUAUUUCCUUGCCUCGCUACCUCCAUUGUCUAUUCGCUCUGGCUAUCAAACCAAUCGGAGACAUUGACCCUGCAAUGGGCUUUUUCGAUAUCGAUAUGGCCGACGCCGAGGUUGCUGAAGGUGUUCUGGAUAGAAUCCUCGCAAUGGCAAGCGAGGUGCCAGGCGGUGGCGAACCUGGUUACAGUGAAAUGCAGGAUCUGUAUUUUUCCGAGGGUUUUACCUACCCAGCUGCGGAAUUGAUCCACAUUGCCAGUGCGGCUUUCAACGCCGCUACUGACUUCUACCGCGCCACACGGGACGCGGAUUGCCAGCGUUGGGCCGAGAAGGCCAUCCGUAUUGCCCGGCUCGUGCGGGGUCUUCAGGGCACCGAGCUGGUGCAGACACUCCACGCUCGGCUGGGGGCCUUGAUCGGCGUUUGA